UUUUUAGUAACAGAUAAUUAAUUGUAAAUGGGAUGUGACAACAAGAGUGGAGAAGGAUGAGCGAGAUGUGAUUUUUAUGUUUUGAUCGCAAAAUAUAUUCAUAUUAGUGCAUAUUUAAUAAAAAAUAUUUCUAUAAUGUGGUGACAUAUUAUACUGUAGUGAAAGAGUGCUUCAUAUUGACUAAAUAUUCAUUAUAUUUCCUACGAGGACUUCGACUUUUGCUCCAGUUUAGCUUGUAAUCAUUUACAAGUGUUUGUUGAUCGAUUAUUGACACGAAAUUAUUCAGUUACCUACAAAAGUGGACUGAAAAAUCGAAAAUGGGUGAGAAAGAGGAUUAUUUGACAUCGUACCGAGUGUUUUUCGAGAAGUUUGCGGCUACUGUUAACCCUGAGGACCAGUUGCCCGUGCACAUAGCUGGGUACACCAUCACCGAGGCGGAGCUGGCCGGUGAAGUCCUCUACUGGACGACUCAGUAUCUUAGCGAAAAACAAUGUCCGCUGACACUGAUGACUCCGCUGCGGCGGAUCAUACUUGACGAGGUGCGAGUAGCAUCGAAGAAACAACCGAAUGAAUUCGGUUACAAAUCUGACGAUUCAGUGUACAUAGCUCUUCGACUGAUGCAAGCAGUGACGGCCCGCGUCAAUGACGUGUGCCUGCGAUACUUAGACAACUCCAAACUGGACACCCUGCCACCGCCGCCGCCCCUCGACCAGCGCGACCUCAAGACUGUCUCAUGUGCCACCAAGAACUCACGACGCGUCAUGGAAGACCGACAUGUGGAGAUCGGGAAUCUAGAAGCGCUUUUUGGAAUCGAUACGACGGAAUCCACAAGCUUUUACGCGGUGUACGACGGCCAUGCAGGGUCGGCUGCGGCGACGUAUUGCGCGGCCCACCUGCAUCAGUACCUGGUGGAGAGUCCUCACUUCAGCACCGACCUGCGACGAGCCAUGAGGGACGCCUUCCUCAGGACCGAUGCUGAGUUUAUUAGGAAAAGCAAUCAGGAGCGAGCAUGCGGCGGCAGCACGGCGGUGACGGUGGCGGUGCGCGGGCGGCGGCUGCUGGCGGCGUGGGCGGGCGACUCGCUGGCGCUGCUCGCCAAGCGCAUGCGCCUCAUGCAGCUCGUGCGGCCCCACAAGCCUGACCGACAGGAUGAAAGAGACAGAAUAGAAUCUUCGGGAGGAACAGUGAUGUAUUGGGGCACCUGGCGAGUUAACGGACAACUAGCCGUAUCUAGAGCUAUUGGUGACGCACAAUACAAGCCGUACGUGACGGCGCGGCCGGAGAUCGCGACUGUCGAACUGGAUGGAGAUGAAGACUUCGUGGUGGUAGCCUGUGAUGGGCUGUGGGACUUCGUCAGCGAAGAUGAUGUCGCUCUCGCUGUUUAUAGGCAACUGGCUGCUGAUCCUGAUGACUUGAAGGCGGUGACGAAGCGUCUGAUCGUGCAGGCCAAGCGGCAGGGCUCCGCCGACAAUAUCUCCAUAAUCGUGGUGUUCCUCAAGGACCCGCGUGACAUCGCCGCAGACAACCGCCCGCCCAUGGAUCUUGGGCUGGACAACGCGAUGAUGAACGCUCCGCCGUUCACCAUCGAGACGGAGGCGUGCCGGCGGCAGGUAGACGCCGCCGCGGCCGCAGCAGCCGCCGAGGCUGAAGACUGCGCGGAGGCCGAGGCCGAGGCCGAAGCCGCAGACAAUGGCGUGGACAAUUCCGACAGCGACAGCGAAGACCUGGGCCCUGAGACCGCUGUCGAUAUCGACGCAGAUGACGUUGAUGCCGAACCGAGGAACGCGGAACCACAGCCGCCCACCCCGCCUGCACACGCUGUGGAGGAGGGCCACGUUGACGGUUCUGUGGCGGAUAAUGUAGCUGAGAGUGGCGAAGACUCCGAAGACGAGUGGAACUACUACAAGGGCGAGGGCGAGCGCGACGAACACAACCCCAGCGAGGAGCCUGACGAGGCGCCGCGCUCCGACACACCCUGCCAGGAUAAUUCGGCUUGGGAAAGCAGCUCAGUAGACAUGAACAGUUCACCGCUGAACCCCGACGCACCAGUGUUCAUCCCUGGGGGUGUUGCUGGUGCGGACGUGCUGCUGGCGGAGUCACCUCGCAAGCCGCUGCCAAUGGAUGACAUCGAGCUGCCCGAUGAAGCACAGUUUGACACCGGAGCUGUAGUGAGGCCAGCAGAAUUAUUAGACUUGGAUAACUGUGAUCAGCUUAAUGGCCAUCAUAAUGUAUCACUAGACGAAGCCGUGAAAGAGCACUUGAAUGGAAAUGAUAAGUGUAACAUGGACAGUUUGGGCUUUGGAUUCAAUGUUGGCAUUGAACCUGAUAAAGUCAAGGAUACUGGUCUCAUACAAGACUUUGAAAGAAUACAGAAAGAUACUACUGACUUUUGUGAUAUUCAGGUAUUCCAGGCACAUACAGAAACUAAUCCUUUCGCUGUAGAAGGCAAUGAGGAACUUUUUGAAAGGCUGAAAAACAAGGAAAGAGACCCUAUGAGCAUGAGUUUUUACCAAGAGAAAGAUGAUGACACUUGUGAGAGGCUCUCCAAAAAUGAAUCACAUGUUGAUCUCAAUGCUGUCCAGCCCCUGCCUGACAGUGAUGAUGAAGACAUUCAACCAAACGGUGUCUAUGAAAACGACAAAGAAAACAUCUCACCAGAUCAACACACAGAUUUGUCUGAAAUAGAAAGAGACAUUUUGGAGCCAAACAAUGACAUCAUGAGGUUCGAUGACAGACCGGGUCUCCCACAAAAUAUUGGUAACUUUGAUCAGGGAAAUAAUUUUGCAGAUUAUAAUGUAACUAGCACAAAUAAUAUUGAAAGUUAUUCAAAUAUUGAAUUUGAAUCAAGCAAUAUUAAUCAAGAGACUGUGCUGCAAACAGACACACCCGAAUCUCACAAAUUACUCUUUGAACAAAUUCCAGAAAUACCUGAUGGCAAGAGUUCAGAAUUAGGAUUUAUUAAUGAUGAGACACAUGAACCCUCAGAGAGUGAAAAAGAUGUCAGACCAUUCACUCCACAAGAUGAAACAUCACAAGAUAUUGAAAUGGAAAGUAAACUAGAAGAGUCACCAUGCGCUGAAACUGAACCACAGUUGAACAUUGAUGAUAUCAAGGAUGAUGAUCAAGUAGAAUCUCAAAACUUGCUGCAAUCUGAUGAUGUGGCCUCUCCUGUACCUACAGACAUCCAGCAAGCACAUUCCACUGAAGAGCUCGCCGCCUCUCCUGCGCCUCUUGAGCAAUUCAAAGCUGAAGAGCCCACAUCACCAGAACCAGUGACAGAUAUAGAUGCAGUCACAGAAGAACACAUUGAACAAACAACACACAUUGAAUCAACAUGUGCACAAAUUGAAACAAAUAUUGAGACAGUAACACAUGUUACUGAAGAAACUGAAAACAUUGAAAGUGCUAUUUCCGAAAUAGAAACAGCGCUUGAAGCACCUGAAAUUAAACUCGACACUGAUCACCUCUCAACAGAAGUUUCUCAUGCUAUAGAAGACGAACUGGUUUCAGAGUCUCCUUUGCCAUCCAAGUCACCUCUGCCAGCUGAUACCCUCCUUCCCAGUGAGUCUCCAUUGCCGACGGAGUCCCCACUCCCGAGUGAGUCUCCGAUUCCGAAUGAGCAUUUACCAGUCGAGGAGCCACUACUGCGUGACUCUCCCUUACCAGCAGAGUUGUCCCUGCCUACUGAAUCGCCGCUGCCAGAAGACACGUUGUUGCAGGCUGAAACUGUACAAGUUAGCGAGUCUCCAAUGCUAGGCACCUCUCCGUCUCCAUUACCAUCAAAAGAGUCUCCUCUACCGAUCGCGUCUGAAGCGCAUGGAGAAUCACCCUUGCCUGCCGAGCAGGCGACAGAGUCACCAGCUCCAGCGCACUCGCCUCUGCCUGCACAGUCGCCAUUGCCUACGGAAACGGAGUUGUUGCGAGAAUCCCCAUUGCCUAGCAAAUCUCCACUACCCAGUGAGCCCGAGUUCCUCAGUGAAUCUGUGCUUCCAAGCGAGUCAGUGCUACCCAGUGAAUCUCCGCUGCCCACGGACUCGCCCGUGCCGACUGAGUCGCCGCUGCCGGUAGAAGCUUCACUGCCGACGGUCGAACCUCCUCAGUCUGUGGAUGCCGAAAUUUGUGAAACCGUCGCUGAUGCCGCGCCAGAGCUGACCGAGGUCGCCGCCGCCUCCCCCGCACCCGCCGCGCUGUCCCCCGCGCCCGCUGUGCCGUCCCCCGCCGCGUCGCCGCUGCCGGCCGACGUGCCGCUGCCGCGCGAGUCGCCAGUGCCUGUGGACUCCCCCGUGCCAGUGGAAGCUGCUGUGCCAGCGGAGUCUCCCGUGCCCGCGGAAAUAGCCGCGCCCCUGCACACUGAGGCGUCAGUCGAACCCGCCUUGCGCGUCCAGUCACCUGUGGCUGCUGAAUCACCUGUGCCUGCAGAGCCGCCAGUGCCUGCGGAGUCGCCAGUACCUGCGCAAUCACCACUACCUGCACAGUCGCCUGUGCCAGCGCAGUCACCUGCACCGGUGGAGCCCGUUGCAGCCACCGCGCCUGCGCCCGACCUGCUGCCCGACGAGCCCGCGCAGCUGUCGCGCCUUGAGCUCGUCACCGACGUCGACAUUGGAAUUCCCGAAUCUAGGGCGCAAGAGAUCUGCGUACCCGUCACCAGUGAAAUUCAACUCGAGGAAGCGGUGCAGCCGCCGGCCGCCGCCACCCCGCCGCCCACGCCCGCCGUGCAGCCCGCGCUCAGCGACACGCCCAUCGCCGCCGACGCCGCCUCGCACGGCACCGAGCUCGCGGCCGCCGCGGCAGCAGUCGCCGCUGUGGGAGCCGCGGCCGUCGCCGGCGUCGCAGCGGCCAAGGCUAAGCCGACCAGUGCGAAAAAAUCGCCCACCACGCCGACCGCCAAGUCAGAUGCGCGCACACCCAGAGCCGCUCCCAAGUCAGCUACACCAGCGCGUACGCCUACGUCAACUACUCCGGCUCCCAUUAAAAGGCCCACCACCACCACGCCCGCUGCCCGCACUCCCGUCAGCAAGGCGCCGACGUCCGCCACUAAGGUGCCUUCGGCAGCCAAAACGACAGCGGCGGCCAAGCCCGCCACGCCCGCGAGCAAGCCGGCCACGCCCAGCGCUCGCACCACCACGCCCGCCUCGCGGACCACUACUCCAGCUGCCAAGGCGCCCACGCCUGCUAAGGCUCCAGUCACUGCGCGCGCCUCGCUCACCAAGACUGCGGCACCUAAGCCGGCCGCCCCUAGCGCCAAGCCUGCCAGCGCAGCCCCGCGCGCGGCACCGGCGUCUAGGCCCGCGGCGAGGCCCGCUCCUGCUGCAGCCCGGCCCGCCGCCACCAAGACCGACGCGGCCGCCAAGCCCGCGGCACCUCGCGCCACGGCCCCGCGACCUGCGCUGUCGGCGCCUAAAGCGCAGCCCAAGCCUGCUGACAGGAAGCCGAUACCGAACGGCGACGUGAAGGACGCUAAGCCGGCGGCGCGGCCUGCGCCCCGCCCCGCCCCCGCCGCGCGCCCCGCCCCCCGCGCCCCGCCCCGCGCGCCCGCAGCGCCCGCCGCCCCCACUGCACGGCCGAGCGCUCCGAAGCCGGCGCCGCGCGCUCCACUGGACAAACAGAGCAAGGAUCUCGCUAACAAACGUAUCACAGCCAAGGCGGCACCGCCUAGGACAGCUCCCCCGAAGUCGACUGCGACAGGCAUGAAGAAGGCGGUGACGAAGCGGACGACAGACGCUAAGAAGGAGGUGGUAGCGAACGGACUGGCGAACGGCGACGCGGCGCUGAGCAAGCCGCCGCCGAGCCCGCCCGCCGCCGACAACGCGCUGCUGCCGGACGUCAUCGCGUAGGCGACAACACAAAAACGAUUCCUAUUAUUUCCGCUUGAAUUUUGUGAUUUUCUAUAAGUGUAUGAUAGUUUUAACGUCGCUCGUGGCGGCGAGUCGUUAGGUGCGGGACUCUGCUCCCACUUUUAUAUUAUAGAGUCGCUUUUUAUAGACGUGUAUGUUGCCGAUUCGUUGUACGCGGAGCGGGGCGAGUCGCCGGACGCUCCGGCCGCUCGCUCCGCUCCGGCUUUAAACGGUUAUUAUCCAUUAUAAUGAUUAUAAGUCUGUUUUAGAAUUUUAUAUUACCAACGAAUGAUUGAUUAAAUCUGGCUUUUAAUUUAUUUUCUUUGUAUAACCGUAUUAUUUAAAUAAAAAGUGAGGAAGGACUGA